AUGACCCAACACGAAUCUCUUCCUCUCUUUACGUUCGCCACCAUUCCUGCUACCUCCCGACCCUAUGCCACCAAGGCGAACAUGGCACCCGGGGGCAGCUUGGAACUCAGGCUUACAGUUCGCUAUGAAGGCCUCAAGGCCACCCAGUACUUUGCCAAAUUCACAUCCGAGUCGGACAAGGUUUUUCGGGACGAUUUGCUUGCUCUCAAGUUGCCCCAUCCAAGGAUGGAGCACACGAAUUUACUGAGCCAUGGUUCUGUUGAAUGCUUCUGGGAGUCGGUUCAAAAAGAUGGGGCCCUCCACCAGCAACUAGUAAACAAGGCUCUACCAUCAGAUAAGGAAAAUCAAGUAAUUCUCGCGGAAAACCUCAAGGAUUUAUCGAUUGCAAAACUUACUGUGAAGCAACUAGAUUACCGGAACCCCAAUAACAGCGCAGCGAUGAGGAGGCAGAACCCGCCCUCUCAAUACUCUCCUUCGUCUAUCACCAAGAGACCAUUCCCCUUUGGCCGGUCCCCAAACCCAGUAGCGAACCCCGGACUCCCUCCGCGUCCAGCACCACCAAAGUCUCAUCCCGAGGACGUGUUCCGUACCUCGACAAACCCAUAUUCUCUCAUUUUGGACAACGCGUUCCCCGACAGGCCUUCAACACCCAACCCAUACUACGCCAAGCCCCCCUACGGCGCGCCAGACAUUACAGCCCCAAUUUCCCCCAUGAAACGCCCUUCUUCAGAUUGGCCGGGCACCGCGCGAACAACGGCGGGUCAAUCCGGACCUUCCUCGCUCAAGCGGCCUCAUGCAGCUAUUUCCAACGUGCAACAGGGUCAAGGUUCCAGCUCGUCUAAACGGCUUAGUAGUGAGAUGGACUGGGAGGACUGGCAGCAGCUCGUGUCUGAUAAGCAGAAGGUCCUAGACUGGCGUUCGUCUAACAGUGUGAUGGAUCUGAAUAUGGGGAGACCGAUCAAGGUGGCAAAGACGCAUGCUGGUUCGUUCGAGUUGCCCAAGAAGCCUGUGGUAGACGUUCCGCCUCCAAACAGGGCGAUAUCGCCUCUUCCUCCUCGGACGGCCAAAUUGCCAAAACAGCCAGUCGUCGAGCAGCCACCAAGCCAACAGGCAAGCUCGGUUAAGACACAAGCGAGCGGACCUGACCCGCCUUUGGCCGCGCCCUCCGCGUCGGUACAGAAAGCCCCAAUGUCGUCGACUCCAUCGUGGCCAAGAGCAGAUAGGGUAGAUGAUCCAAGGGUUACGAGCCAACGAAGGCUUAGUUCUGGAGCCGUUCCGAGCGCUUGUGCCGUCGCACCUACACCGACGCAAAAAUCGGUCCCAUUGGCGCCUUCGACGCCUGCACCUUCACCCAUCCCGGCCCUAGCGUCGACGUCGAGGGCGCGUACGAUUGUGGUGCCUAUGCGAGGAGGACCGAGGCCUGCACCGCGGCGUCCCCUAGCGCAAGUGACGAGGGAGCAGACGCGGGAGAUUGCCUCGGCGAGUGCGACCACGGAUGUUGUUGUUCAGAGCACACCGUCGACGUUCAAGGCGACGCUAGCGCCAAUGUCGGGCCCUCAGCCGCCAAUUGCGAGUACUACCAUUGGUGGAAACGCGGAGGCUGCUCCUGUGAAGGUCCCACCAGUUGAUCUCGGUCAUAAGAGGCCUCACAUCGAACAGGCGGACGCGCGAGCUUUGGCGUUGAAGAUGGCGACGAAGGCGCAUGAGCCCCCCGCUCCUGCUCCGACAACAACCACUACGCCUUCGUCAGGUUCUGCGCCUAGCCGGCCUGUAAUGCCUGCUCAACACCCUGUGGCUAGUGCUCGAGUUGCGACCACCUCUUAA